AGUAGUAAUAUAGCAUUGUAGGCAGUGAUGCUGAAUCUACAUAGAAAUACAAAAACAAGCGUUUUCUAGUAUCAAUUUCACUCGCUCACAGAUCGUCGUACACCGAAACUUGCAACUACGUAUUAUCGGGUUUAUUUUACAUGGCUUUAAUUCUUAAACAAGAUUAUACGAGUAAUUUACUGGUUUUGCGCGACAGCAGCAAAUAUAUCUAUAUCAUGUGCUUCCACACGCGCUUAUGAUCGUGCAUAUUUGGCAUUCGUGUUUCUGUCAUAAUUCAUGGAUUCCAUAUUUCCGAAAUGGCAACUAAGAAAUCUGAAAAAAAAUUUAAUACAACUAUAAUUCUGAGCAUCAGCGGCAUUCUUAGCGGGAUAACUUGUAUCUGCCUCGAGACUGCCAUUACAGUUCUCUGUGCCCGUUUUAAGGAUCAUUUCGAGGGUUUUGCAGAAGAACAGGUUUUAUGCUCUGUUUCAAGUGGUAUCUGGAUUGGUGCGGUUUUUAUAAUUACGGGAUGCAUCGGGCUCACCGGAGAGACCAGAAGAAAGCGUCCGCCGGUCGGCAGUAUUCCGGCCAGGAAGUCAUACUGGGGACUGAACACCGCAUUUCUUAUGACCAGUAUCAUUUCCUGCAUCCUUAGUGUCGCGCUAAUUGGUCUGUCUUCCGCUGUUGCAGCAGACUGGCUAACAGUUGCAGCACCGUCAUCCCUGUUCCGGUUAGGCUGGCAACUGCCAUCAUCCAAACUACCGGUUUUAAUCGCGUCGCUUGCGUUUGUCCUGUUGGCAGCAGGAAUUAUCAGCCUGCCUGUGCACAUCACUGCCAUUUACGUAACAUGGAAAAAUCUCAGACAAUCGCAGAUUAUGGAAAACAUUGUUUUCUACAGCGGAUCUCCUUCGGCUAUUAAUCUGCAUCGCUCCAACAGCUCGCGCCAGAUUGAAGUGAUAACUCGACCUGCCAGCGAGGUGUUCAGUCCUGUGAUCAUCCAUUCGCUUUCGGAUGGAGCACAAUUCGCCAAGUCAGAUCGAGUGAUUCCGGCCAUAGACCAUACAAUUUCCACUGAAGAUUUAUCUUCUUACUUCUAGAUAACAAUUCCUAUCUAAUCAGCAAAAUGUCUGUAACAAUUAAAAUCUGCAAUGUGGUUUUAUGUAACACAACCUAUAUAUUCUGAGGUCAGAUUGUACAUAAAGAGUAUAUUGACUAAUAAUUACUUCUAAUGCAAAGCUUCGAUAUUAAAAUAAUGCGGCUUUAUGGUAUACUUGUACCCGUA